AAACUAGAAAAGAUGGCAACCGUGUGGGAUGAGGCCAAGCAGGAUGGAACUGGGGUGGAGGUGCUCAAGAUGUCCACAGAGGAGAUCAUCCAGCGCACAUGGCUUCUGGACAGUGAGAUCAAGAUCAUGAAGAGUGAACUGUUGAGAGUCACCCAUGAGCUCCAAGCCAUGAAGGACAAGAUCAAAGAAAACAGUGAGAAAAUCAAUGAGAACAAAACCUUGGUGUACCUUGUCUCCAACAUCAUCGAGCUCCUGGAUGUUGAUCCCAAUGAUCAAGAGGAGGAUGGUCCCAAUAUUGACCUGGACUCCCAGAGGAAGGACAAGUGUGCUGUGAUCAAAACCUCUACAUGACAGACAUACUUCCUACCUGUGAUUGGAUUGAUGGAUGUUGAAAAGCUAAAGCCAGGAGACCUGGUGGGUGUGAACAAAGACUCCUAUCCAAUCCUGGAGACACUGCCAGAGUACGACUCGCGGGUGAAGGCCACAGAGGUGGAUGAGAGACCCACGGAGCAAUACAGUGACACUGGGGGCUUGGACAAGCAGAUCCAGGAACUGGUGGAGGCCAUUGUCUUGUCAAUAAACCACAAGGAGAAGUUUGAGAACUUGCGGAUCCAACCUCCAAAAGGGGUGCUGCCCCCAGGGAUGGAGAAGACCCUCCUGGCCUGGGCCUGAGGGCAGACUAAGGUCACCUUCCUAAAGCUGACUGGCCCCCAGCUGGUGCAGAUGUUCACUGGAGAUGGUGCCAAGCUAGUCCGGGAUGCCUUCGCCCUGGCCAAGGAGAAAGCGCCCUCCAUCAUCUUCACUGAUGAGCUGGAUGCCAUAGGCACCAAGCACUUUGACAGCGAGAAGUCCGGGGACCAAGAGGUGCAGAGGACGAUGCUGGAGCUUCUGAACCAGCUGGAUGGCUUCCAGCCCAACACCCAAGUUAAGGUAAUUGCAGUCACAAACCGCGUGGACAUCCUGGACCCCGCCCUGCUACGCUAGGGUGGCCUGGACCGCUAGAUCGAUGCCUGGGCCAGAAUUAUGCAGAUCCACUCCCAAAAGAUGAACGUCAGUCCUGACGUGAACUGCGAGGAGCUGGCCUGCUGCACAGAUGACCUCAACGGGGCCCAGUGCAAGGCUGUGUGUGUGGAGGUGGGUAUGAACGCACUGCGCAGGGGUGCCACGGAGCUCACCCACGAGGACUAUAUGGAAGGCAUCCUGGAGGUCCAGGUCAAGAAGAAAGCCAACCUACAGUACUACGCCUAG